UCAAGAUGGCGGCGACAGCUACCUGCGGCGCGGGCGUACCGAGCCUGGCAUCCACAGCCGGCCGGAGCGGCACCUCCAGCUUCCAGAGGAAGAGCAAGGCCUCAGGGGCUGACGGAGGUGGCCCUCGGCUGCUGUCCAUUGCGGGCACGCGACCGUCGGUGCGGAAUGGACAGCUGCUGGUGUCAACCGGGCUCCCAGCCCUGGACCAGCUCCUAGGUGGAGGCUUAGCUGUCGGAACAGUUCUUCUGAUUGAAGAAGAUAAAUAUAAUAUUUAUUCGCCUUUGCUCUUCAAGUAUUUCCUGGCAGAAGGAAUCGUCAAUGGGCAUACUGUGUUGGUUGCAUCUGCCAGAGAAAAGCCUGCCGACAUUUUACAGGAACUCCCUGCACCACUACUUGAUGAUAAUGGUAAAAAAGAGAUUGAAGAUAUACAUAAUCCUAAAACACCGGAAGCAGAUGUUAGCAUGAAAAUAGCCUGGAGAUACCAGUUCCUGCCCAAGAUGCAGCAGGCUGGACCAGUGUCAUCUUCACGAUUUGGUCACUAUUAUGAUAUAUCAAAAAGGAUUCCUCCGGAGCUGCUGGGGAGUUCAAAAUGGCAUGGAUUCUUCCUUACAGAACACAUAACUUCAGAUCUUAAUGGAGAAUCCUGUUCUUUGUCCCGAGGCUACAUGAAGCUGCUUCAAUUCAUUCAGAACAUCAUUUAUACUGAAGGAUUUGAUGGAUCUAAUCCCCAGAAAAAACAGAAAAACAUUUUAAGAAUAGGAAUUCAGAACCUUGGUUCACCAUUAUGGGGAGAUGACAUUUGCUGUACAGAAAAUUGUGACAACAAUCAUAGUCUUACCAAGUUCCUCUAUGUUCUCCGUGGCCUUCUAAGAACCUCACUGUCAGUCUGUAUCAUCACAAUGCCAACACAUCUGAUCCAGAAUGAAGCAGUUAUUACUCGUGUGAGAAAUUUGUCAGAUACUGCAGUUGGUCUGGAAUCUUUUAUUGGUUCAGAGAAAGAAACAAACCCAUUAUAUAAGGAUUAUCAUGGUUUGAUCUAUAUACGGAAGAUUCCCCGGCUUAAUAACUUGACUUGUGAUGAAUCGGAUGUCAAAGACUUAGCUUUUAAGUUAAAAAGGAAGCUGUUCUCCAUUGAGCGACUGCAUUUGCCUCCAGACUUGUCAGACACAGUGAGCCGUUCGCGCAAACAGGAUCUGGCAGAAGCCGCUAAGCAGCGGGGCCCAGGCUGUGGCAUGAUGGCCGGAGGCGGGAAGCACCUGGACUUCUAGGGAAUCCUCCUUAGUAACUGCAUGCGGAAUUACCUGACGCCUAAUUAUGAUUGCAAAUAGCUUAUGUAAAUAUUUUUCUUAAUGAUUUGACCCUCCAGUCUUUCAAAAACACAGGAUUACAAAAUGGAGCCAUCAUUCCUCAGUUUGGAUUGUUUCACUGUUUGUUUUUUCCACCGAUUUUUGUACAAAAAUAAUACAGCAGAAAUACUGUCAUUUGACAUUUAGCUGCUGUUGUGUAUUUUAAAAAUUUAAAAAUACUAAAUUCAUUUUUAAAUAAACACCCCAAAAAA